GUUUUCCUGCCCGACAGAAGCCAUUAUGCCGCGCGGCGAAAUGCGGGAACAGUGCACGCAUCAUUCCAGCCUCGCUGACUCUCCAGCUUGAGCAUACAUGCACCAGCUAAAUUUUAGGCCUAGAUUAGUCGUGCUGAGCCGAAGUUAUCGCCUUUGGCGAAGUCGACAUGUUAAUCAGACUGGAAUUUAACGAUGGCGUCGGGACGAGAAUACGCUUUUAGACUGAUGUCCACGUAAAAGGACACAUUUUCCAUACUUCUUUCCAUGAACUUGGUUUACACUGCAGACCGGACCAAGAGGGCAGCAAUCCUAGCUGCCUGUUCCCUGCUAGCGAUGCUGUGGGACGCCGCUGAAGGACAGUAUCCACCGGGACCACCUGCCUGCAGGUCAUGGUAUCAAGAGUGCGGCAUCCAGCGCAGCUACCCUUGCUGCGGGAACAUGGUGUGCUGGCGCGGGCGAUGCAUCAACAGGAAGGAGGACCGCAGGGGUUACGUCUAUCCGCCGGACAACUAUUUCCCGCCGCCAUGGUACUACCAGAGGUUCGCGCCGGUCUACCCGGUCAACUUCAAACCGUGAACCUAUAAAGAACGUCAACCACCGUACCGACUCGGUGUGUCGGUCACUACAACCACCGUAUAUGCAGGAUCAUCGUUCCUCUGUUCUGAGCUUGAAUGCUCUUCCAAAUAGUAUGACACGCCUUUCGACGCAUACGUGUUUGUCAGAAUUGCGUAAUUCAUAUUUGUGUAUAUGUACACGCGAAUGAGUGUGUAUGCACAACUCUGGUUCAGUUUAAUGAGAUGAUGUUCGAGUUACCAUUGCGAGCAUGUGUUUAAUAAGACAUAACUGACGAGGUAAAAAUAAAGGCUUCGAAUCAACCUAA